AAAACGAACAUCUUUUAGCUUUGUCUACCAUUUUAACCAAUUUGUCGCAAAGGAGUAACGGAAACACCUGUAUGAACUACGAGUGACGACUACAAGAAGGAUCGUCCAACCAGAGUAAAUGAGCGGGAGCGAUAAGGGUAAAGAAGGGCCCGCCGUCGAAGCCAUAGAGCUGCGGGGGAAAGUGGGUAGCGCCGCCUGACGGACCGCCCGAUAAACCGGCUGCCCCUCUCAGGAAACCGCGGUGCCGAAAAACAGGUCUACUUCAUCCGAGGGAGCGCCGCCAACAGCUCUCCAUACGCUAUCACACAAUGUGUUUUCAUUCACUGGAUCUCACCGUGAAGUUUCCCUUUACUUUCUUACUUGCUGCACACAUCCUUCUAUGAUACACUCCCAACCAAGUCAGCACACACACCGAGAUAGCCUGUCAUGAUGGCUGAGCAUGGGCAGGAGGAGGCGGGGGGCGAGUAUGUGGAACACCAGUACAUGUGCAGUGAGUGCCAUCAGCUAUUCAACACCCUCGAAGAGGUGCUGGUCCACCAGCAGAUCCAUACAGGCCAGGAUGUGGAGGSAGAGGCUGUCCCGGAGAUGGGGGAGAGUCAGCACUAUCAAUGUUUGGAGUGCGGGAGCCUCCUUGUCAAUGCGGACGAGCUGCUGCAGCAUCAGGAGAUGCACAUGAGUGAGGCUGGGAUGGAGGUGGAGCAGCAAGAGUUUUGUGAGGUUCUGGAGAUGGAGGGAGCCAGCUCAGAGGCUCAGGGUUCAGAAUCUGUUCACUACCAAUGCCUCGACUGUCUGGCUCUGUUUGACUCGCCUGAUACAUGGCUGGAGCACCGGCGAACCCACAGCAGGAGCAGCACACACAGUAACACACAGACCACAGAGUAUGUGGUGCAGCCGGACGGCUCCGUCGCUCCUCUGAACAGUGUACAGAACAUUGUGCUGAGUGAGCAGCAGGCUGGGGAGAUCUUGGCACAGGUUCUGUCUCACCAGAAGCAGCAGCAACAGCCAAAGAAGCGUUCGUCUGCCUCGAAAUCCCCCCGCUCCUCCUACCUGCUGCCCCCCAUCACCCCGGCGCCAGGCUCUGCCACCAUGCACCUGCAGAUCCUCACGGCUCAGGCUCUGGCCGACAGCUCCACCGCUCAGAGUGCGCUCCGCUUCAAGCAGCCCCCUCUGCUCUGCGUGGGCCAGAGCUCGCCAGCAAAGCCGGGGGUCUUGGAGAACGGUGUUCAGAGGCUGGAGCUGAGGCUGGCCCCCGCUGUGCACGCUGACUACCAGCAGCAGCAAACAGAACUGGUGGUCAUUCACCCUUACGAAUGCUCCGAAUGCUCUCUUCUCUUCCAAACCCCAGAGGACUUCCUGCAGCACCAAGGAGAGCACUUCCUCUGCCAGGACAAGGAGAGCGGAGGGCGGGGGGUCAUGACCGGCCUCGAGGAGCUGCGAGGAAGAGAGGAGUCCGCAGAAAGCGCRGAGGACCCGAGGAGCAGAGUCGUGGAGAAGAAAGCGGUGGUACGAGCCAAGGCCUUGCAGUGCCAGCUCUGCAGCCGCUCCUUCACCUCGGUCAACCGGCUGGCCGCUCACCAGCGUGUGCACGAGGAGGGCACGCACCGGUGUCCGGACUGCGGCAGGUUGUUCAAGAAGGCCAUGUCACUGCACACGCACAUGCGCACGCACUCGGGUGUCGCACGCUAUCUGUGUGUGGACUGUGGCGGCGGCUUCACCACCGAGAUGACCCUCAUCAUGCACAGGAAGUCACAUGUYGCAGAUCCUUUUCACAAGUGUCAGUUCUGCAACAAAACCUUCACCAACAUGACCAAGUACCUCUACCACCGCCGGACCCACCUCAACCGUGAUGCAUCUGACACAGCCGCUGCUGUCUUUGUGGCUUCACCUCCAAGAAGAGCAUCCGUCACGGCUCUYGCCAUCCUGCAGAGAGUAAGAGAGUCCAAGAUGUCCGACCUGCUGGCGCCUCUGACAGAGAAAGAGAUGGCAGCUUUAGACAUGUCAAAUGACAUCUCCCCUAACAGAACGGACACAAGCGAAUCAACGAUGAAGCAGAAGGCUGGYGAAAUGCCGGCGUCUGAUUCAGCUGAUGGAAACCAACAGUUGAAAACAGACGAUGCCCCUAAUUCAAGUUUAAAGUCCGUUUCUUUGGUUGGCAGUGGAGUUACGAUGAACACUGCCGUCUCAGGAAAAGCUGCUUGGACCUCGUCUUCAGACAGAGAGCCUUUUUGUUGCCGUUCAUGCCACAAAACCUUUACUUCUCAGCUGCUGCUCGCCCAUCACCGGCGCCAGUCCCACACCCUGCAGCGCAGGUUCACGUGCGGCAUUUGUGGGAAGUCUUUCAAGAAGCAGAUCCACGUUCAAAACCACAUGCGGAUACAUACGGGGGAGAAGCCCUUCCAGUGUUCGGACUGUGGGAAGACCUUCUCRUUGCUGGCCAACCUGAUGAGGCACACGCUCAUUCAUUCCGGCGUGCGCCCGUACCRCUGCGACGUCUGCUACCGCUCCUUCUCCCAGUCGUCCAACCUGCGUCAGCACAGCCUGCUGCACUCCAGCGCGCCCAGACUCACCUGCCCCGCGUGUCCUGCCACGUUUCGUUGGGCCAACAAACUGGCRGCGCAUCGUUUUACCCAGCAUCCAGGAGCUCCAGCUCCUUUUCCCUGUCCUCACUGUGAAACCGGCUUCCUGACUCGGAGCCAGCGGGAGCGACACUGUGUGGAGCAGCACGCCGCACAGCUGCAGGCUGCAGAGGAAAGACGAGACCUCAGCUCAGAACCCUCUACCUCAACAACCAUCGUUACAGAACCAGGGGAGUCCAGCUGUUUGCUGAAAGAGACUUUGGAUUGCAACAUCUGUGGGAAGAAGCUGAAUUCUGCUGCCAAUCUGCGACUUCACAGACUGAGUCACUUUGCUCUGGGCGGCAGGCGGCCCCGCUGCGCCCCYGGCAAGCGGCCGAAGGCUCACCAGUGUCCCAUCUGUGGCAAACUGUUCGUGUCGUCMUCCGCCGUCGCGCUCCACCAGCGAGUCCACACGGGCGAGCGGCCGUUCCCCUGCCAGGUGUGCGGGAAGCGCUUCCGGCAGAGCACGCACCUGCGGGAGCACCUGCGCACGCACUCGGGCGAGCGGCCGUUCCGCUGCGAGAUGUGCGGGAAGGGUUUCAUCCAGAGCAUGCAUUUGACGGAGCACCGCCGGACRCACACGGGCGAGCGGCCACACGAGUGCCCGCUGUGCGGCAAAGCCUUCAAGACCCUCUCCAACCUGCGGAACCACAAGAAGACCCACGCCAGGCGGCAGAAGCUYGACGAGGAGGCGGCUGCCCAGGCUGUCGUGGAGACCGGCGCCGCCRUGGCCGUGGUGGACGCCUCUGCAGCGAACACGCCUCAGCUAAUCCAGAUCCAGACCUCAGAUCUACAGCAGGCGCGAGGCACCCCCACCAUCAUGUGUAACGAGUUUGGAGAGACCAUCGCCAUCAUUGAGACCAGUGAAGGAGGGGCGCUGCCUCUGGAGCAGGCGCUGGAGAUCUACCAGACCGCUCUGGAGAACGGCCUCGCCGUGGACACCGUCGCAGAUGGGCUGCAGCUGCUGUGAUUGAAGAGAAUUAAUGCUUCAAAGAUGAAUGGACUGAAUCAGUACAGCUCUUUAUAUUGACUGAGACAAAACGAUUCAUGAUUAUUUAACAAAAGAUUGAUGUUUAGUAGGAUUUACUGGAUACUUAGAUAUUUAUGUUUUGGACAAUUAAUUUGGCAAACAGACCAAAGUGUGUCAGUGUCCCUGUUGAGUGAAGCUACAAAGAUUAAAGUGGUGAAAUCAUUUGAUAUGUUAAUGUAGUUGAGGACCAUUGUUUUGUGCCACAGAUGACAUUUGUAUUAAUAAAUUUAAUUAUGUUUGUCAUAAAGAAGUUUAAAAUAAAAUUAAAAAAAUAUUUAAAAUCAUCA